AUGCGGUCGAUCCUCUUCCUAGUCACUUCCACCCUCGCUGCUGCUGCUGCUGCUGCUUCCUUACCCAGAAGCUUCAAAUGGAGCUCCAGCGCCGCCCUCGUGGGCCCUAAGAACGAUGGCCGCCAUAUCGAGGGCAUCAAGGAUCCCUCCAUCGUCGAGGUGGACGGCACCUACCACGUCUUCGCUAGCACCGCCCAGGCCUCCGGCUACAACCUGGUGUAUCUUAGCUUCACCGACUUCAAUAAGGCUCACCUGGCUCCAUUCCACUACCUGGACCAGACCCGGAUCGGCAAAGGCUACCGCGCCGCGCCACAGGUCUUCUACUUCAAGCCCCACAAACUGUGGUAUCUGGUCUACCAGAACGGCAACGCAGCCUAUUCCACCAACCCCGACAUCAGCAACCCGGCCGGCUGGACCUCUCCGCAGAACUUCUUCAGCGGCACACCCAGCAUCAUCACCCACAACAUGGGCCGCGGCGCCUGGGUGGACAUGUGGACCAUCUGCGACACACGCAACUGCUACCUCUUCUCCUCAGACGACAACGGACACCUCUACCGCUCCCAGACAUCCCUGGCCGACUUCCCCCACGGCAUGGGCAACACUGCUAUUGCCCUCGCAGACCGCAACAAGUUCAGCCUCUUCGAAGCAUCCAAUGUCUACCACACCGGGGAUGGAAGCUAUCUGCUCAUCGUCGAGGCGAUCGGCAACGACGGCCAGCGGUACUUCCGCUCCUGGACUGCGAGCAGCUUGGCCGGCCAGUGGAAGCCCCUGGCGGAUACCGAGUCGAACCCCUUCGCGCGCUCGAACAAUGUUGCCUUCGCUAAUGGCCAUGCCUGGACGAAGAGCAUCAGCCACGGCGAGAUGAUCCGAACCCAGACGGAUCAGACUAUGACUAUCAGCCCGUGCAAGCUGCGGUAUCUGUACCAGGGGGUGGAUCCUGCGGCUAAGGGGGAUUAUAAUGCGCUUCCGUGGAAGCUGGGCUUGCUGACCCAGACGAACUCGGCUUGUUAA